CUACUGAAACAUUCAUACUAUUUCUAAUUUUGGCCAAUAUUGCCUUAUUGAUUGCUGAUGCGUGGGAUACUGUCAGUGACAUCGUAUCUGGCUUUAUCAUCAAUCCUGAUAAUAAUGAUGAGUUAUUUGAAAUGACUCCUCUAAAAAAAUCAAAACCAUCCUCCAUUACAUCGGGGAAUAAUCAAAAAGGACAAUUACUAUUUGAUGCUAAACGUUCUAUUUUUAAAACAGCGUUCCUUCGACACA